AUGUUCUUUACAUGUGUGUGUGUGGUCCUCUUCGGUUCUCUUCAAUCAUGUUGUUGUUUAUGUUCUCACAAUAAACACCCAACAUCAAAAUUUAUGUCACAUUCAGCAAGUACAAAAAUUCUCUCACAACUCAAACAAUUGUCCAAGCAAGCACUGAACAAUCCAUCAAAUAAGUUAACAGUCCAAAGUUUGCUUGAAAAAGCUUUCAAAAAUGGCAAACCUCUUUUCAGCAGUCAUGAUAGAUCUGAAGCAGCUACAUUCGUGACGAACAUAAUUCCGGUUUUAGAUAGUGUUUUCGUAGAUAUCCAUGGAUCCAUGAAUACAGACUUGCGACAAUCUGCGCAAAUAUGGCGUUCUGGACUACAAUUUCUAGUCGAUGAAUUUAAAACUGAUGAAAUAUUGUAUCAGAAGCUCAAGGAUUUUUUAACAUCCGAUCCUGUUCAAUGUGUCGAGCAAUAUAUUUCCGAUAGUCGAGAUAGUCUUCCGGAAUACGGCGAUAUCGCUCACAUGGAUUUAACAAAAAUUCCUAAAGAACAUUACUGGUGGUUUUGA